AUGGCGACUUCAAUGGUGGUUCAGGAUGUAGAUGUGGCUAAUGUUCCUGAGACACAAUUUGCAAAUGUUUUACAAGGAUAUCAAUUAAAUAAUCAGCAGGAUAUCUUUGAAAUAAUUACCAAUUUCAAAUCUAUAUGUGCAUUGCAUGCUUUGCUGGUUGGCGAGCAACUUAGUGAAGAGGGAUCAAAUAAUGAUCUUCAAGAAGAAUUUGAAAAUUGGGAUUUAGAAACGAAGUUAUGGCACUUAGUUGAAAGCUUAUAUUCAUUCAGACUCAGUAUUUCCGAAGAGCCGUAUAAGGAAUACCCAUUUUCUUCGUUGUCAGUCAAACAAGAAAACUUCUUAAGAAGGAAUCCUAAAGUUCGGGAAAUAUCUCUUAUGAUUCAUUGGUUACAGACAAAUUCAAAGUCUGUAGAUAUUAGUGAUUCAAGCGACGCUCCUGAUGGAAAAUGGCAAAAUACAAGGCAAGCGAUUCAAAACAAGGAUUUCGAAGUGUUGGCGAAUAAUAAAAAACAACCAGACAAUAUUGUAGAUGAUUUGGAUACGGAUUCACCUUUGAGGUCGGGAAAGACGAUUCAUCCGGCUGACAAUGAUACGGACUCGCAGACAUUUUAUUUGAUAUAUAAAUUGGUUCUAGCAAAUAGAAUUCAGGAAGCCAUAGAUUACGCUAAUCUUACAGGAAAUUUCACACUCGCAUUGAUAUUAAUUGGCGCUAUACAAGACUAUGUUGAUCCUGUUAUUGAUCAAGAAUUCAUAAAUCCCCCUCAAGAUUCUGAUAAUAUGAUUUUAGAUAGUCUAACUAAUGACAAGUCAGAAGAUCAUUCAUCAUUUGUUUCUAAACCCUCUGGUAUUAGGCACAAGUUGUUAUGGAAAAAAACAGUCUAUAAGCUAUCUCAACAGCCUAAUUUAAAUCGUAAUGAAAAGUUAAUAUAUAAUUAUUUGAGUGGUGGAAAUAUAUCUUUAAACUUGGAAGAUUCUGCAGAUAACUGGGAAGAAUACCUUCUAUUAUAUUUGAAUCAGUUGUAUAUACAUAAUUUGGAAUCGUUCAUAGUGUCCAGUUUGCCGACUAAUAUGUUUAACGAUGAAACAUUAUCCUUGGCUGUUCCUAAACCGCAGUUGUCCACUAUCGAUGAUAUUUUGAAUACAUUGCUGAAAUCCGAAAAUAGAGUUGCAGAACAAAGCACACAUCCUCUUCGAAUAAUAAUGGGUGGAAUAAUGAUUAAUCAAGUAUCCACAUUAAUACAUAACAUUAUUAGAUCAUUGAAUGCGGUAAGCAAGGAUAAUGAUAAUGAUUCAUUGAUAUCCAAAAGUCACCUUCUUAGGGUUAUUACUCAUUUAGCAAUCUUUGAAUUAAUUUCUGAAAAUAAUAAAGUCAACGUCAAGGAUACCACGAAGGUCAUGACUCUUUAUGUUUCCAAAUUAUCGGAGCUUCAAUUGGCAGAAUUAAUACCAAUUUAUUUGUCAUUUAUUCCUGAUGAAAAGGAUGCAAGGGAAUGCUACUCAUUAUUUUUGUCUUCGAUCACUGAUUCAGAAGAACGUGCAAAACAGAUUUCAAUUGCCAAAAAAUUUAGUAAUAUCACUACCCCCGCUGGCGACGAGUUACUGGCUCAUGCUGAUUCAGGAUAUAAUGAAAAUAAAAUGUUUAAUAUUUUAAGAAGAACUGUCGAACGAGUAAUGAUUGAGACCGAACCUCUUUACAAACAAUCUUCUAAGGUCAUAGUACACGAUGAUAUAUCCAAGGUUGAUGAAGCAGAUUACAAAUUAUAUCGCGCAGUUGAAUGGUUUUUUGAAAACUCCAUGCAUGAAGAUGCUAUUUCAGCUUCUAUUACUAUCAUGCGUAGGUUUUUAUUGUGUGGUAAAGUAUCGUCUUUGAAGCAAUUUGGUAAAGAUAAGAAUUUCAAACAAUUAAUUAAGGAAUACGACCUCGAGUCGCAUAUAAAUUCGAUUAGCUCCCCUAAUGCUCCAUGUAUUGUUAGUGAAGACGACAAAGAAGAGCUUUUAAAUUAUGAGUCGUUGAUUCUGGGUUUAUUAUUGAUCGACGAUUGGAAGCAAUUCUUGAAAGAUAAUAAGAUAAAUGGUGUUUUAUCAAAAAUCACUCCAAAUUCAUUUUGGAAAUCAAAUCAUAUAAAUAAUUCAAUUGAAAAAGUCACUAAAACAUUAACAAAAUUAAUAUUCCAAUGGCUUUCUGAUUUAACAGCGUCUGCUUCAAAGGAUAGAAAGUUAUUUAAAGAAUUUCGAAUAAUAUAUGUACCAUACUUGAUUAUGGAAUUAUUGCAAAUUUAUCAAUACUCGAGGUUAAACAAUUGGUCGUACAUGCGCAAAGCUUUGAAAUUAUUCACUGAGGUUGCUAAUGAAGAUGAAAAUGAUUUCUUAAAUUGUUUUGUUAAUUGCGGAAGAUUGGAUGAAUUUCUUGUUAGAUGUGGAGAAAUCUCAGUCAUUGCAAGCGAAAGAGGUAUGAAGGGAAUAUUUCAUUAG